AGUGAAGCCGUUCCCAUGGCACCCGCGGCAGUAUCUCGCCACCAACCCCCGCACUUCCCUUUCGCCAUCGUCGACUCCAUGGCGCUCGCAGCAGCAACCCUUGCCUCCUCUCCGCGCGUAUCUAUCUCCGUUUCGGCCGCUGGGAUGAACAGCAGCGGCCGGUCCGUGUCGUUGGGGGCGCGCCGUGUGCCCGGGAUUUCUGUGCAAAUUCAUUCCCAGCGGAGGAGGAUGGUCGCAUCAGCGGCAGCGGCAAGAGGGGACGAAGGGGCCGGUAAGACCUUCGUAGAGGAGAUGAGGGCUGCGGCGAUGCGGAUGCACACCAAGGACCAGGCCAGCGAAGGGGAGAAGGAGCUUGAGGGACCGUCACUCAACGAGCUGGAGCCUAACCUUGAGGCCUACCUGCGCUUCCUCGUCGACAGCAAGCUCAUCUUCCAGACGCUCGAGAACAUCGUCGACCGCGCUGCCGUCCCAUGGUAUGCGGAGUUUCAGAAUACUGGGUUAGAGAGAUCAGAGGCACUGAAGAAAGAUCUGAAAUGGUUCAGCGAACAGGGUCACACAAUUCCAGAACCAUCUGCUUCAGACACUAAAUAUGCUUCUUAUCUGGAAGAGUUGUCUGAGAAGGACCAGCAAGCAUUUUUCUGUCACUUCUAUAAUAUGUACUUUGGUCAAUCUGCUGGAGGUCGACUGACCGGCAAAAAGAUUGCUGACAAGAUUCUGAACAAGAAAGAGCUGGAAUUCUACAAGUGGGAAGGUACCCUGUCCGAGCUGCUGCAGAAUGUCCGCACAAAACUUAACCAAGUUGCUUCUAGCUGGACCCGGGAACAGAAGAACCGCUGCCUUGAGGAGACUGUGACGUCGUUCGCCUAUUCAGUAGAUCGUCUGCGCAAGAUAUUCACCUGAGCAGAAGAUAUUCACCUGCCCGUGUGUCUCUCAGUCUCUUGUAUCGUUUUCUUGUCAGCUGUAUCAGAUCAUCGGAUCGGAUCGUAGUACCACGAUACUAUGUCAUUUUCACUUUUAGUAUUGUCAAUCUGACAAUCUAUAUAUUGAAAAAUACAAGAAAGACUUGGGGGCUUACGUACUGUCAAGCACAUGAGCUGGUGUGCUAGGCCUCCCAAGUUCAAGCCUCACCACUCUCUUAAUAAAAUACCAGUGUGGUUCCUCCACCGUUAGUCUAGUUUUAUAUAUUGAAA